GCUGGGAGGCGGCGGUGAGCGGCUCCCACGCCCCCGGCCCGGUCCCGGCCCCCCACCUCCCCGGGACGAAGCGCCGAGCAGUCCCGGCUCCGGGCUGCGGACUAUGGGCGAGCAGCGCUGACCAUCCGGGAAAGAGCUGAGAAUGAAGCGGAGAGCAUCAGACAGAGGAGCUGGGGAAACGUCAGCAAGGGCCAAGGCUCUAGGGAGCGGCAUUUCUGGAAAUAACGCAAAGAGAGCCGGACCUUUCAUCCUCGGUCCCCGUCUGGGCAACUCACCAGUACCAAGUAUUGUGCAGUGUUUGGCAAGAAAAGAUGGCACGGACGACUUCUACCAGCUGAAGAUCCUUACCCUUGAGGAGAGGGGUGAGCAAGGCAUAGAGAGCCAGGAGGAGAGGCAGGGCAAGAUGCUGCUGCACACCGAGUUCUCUCUGCUCUCCCUGCUGCACACACAGGACGGCGUGGUCCACCACCACGGGCUCUUCCAGGACCGCACCUGUGAAGUCGUUGAGGACACAGAGUCUGGCCGUAUGGUUAAGAAGAUGAAGAAACGCAUCUGCCUGGUCCUGGACUGCCUCUGUGCACAUGACUUUAGCGACAAGACUGCUGACCUGAUCAACCUCCAGCACUACGUCAUCAAGGAGAAGAGGCUCAGUGAGCGGGAGACCGUGGUCAUCUUCUAUGAUGUGGUCCGUGUGGUGGAAGCCCUGCACCAGAAAAACAUCGUGCACAGAGACCUGAAGCUUGGGAAUAUGGUGCUCAAUAAAAGGACCCAUCGGAUAACUAUCACCAACUUCUGCCUUGGGAAGCACCUUGUGAGUGAAGGGGACCUGCUGAAGGACCAGCGGGGGAGCCCUGCCUACAUCAGUCCUGAUGUGCUCAGUGGCCGGCCAUAUCGGGGCAAGCCAAGUGACAUGUGGGCUCUGGGCGUGGUGCUCUUCACCAUGCUGUACGGCCAGUUCCCCUUCUACGACAGCAUCCCACAGGAGCUCUUCCGCAAGAUCAAGGCUGCCGAGUACACCAUACCCGAGGAUGGACGGGUCUCUGAGAACACCGUGUGUCUCAUCCGGAAAUUGCUAGUUCUAGAUCCCCAGCAGCGCCUGGCCGCCACAGAUGUCUUGGAGGCCCUAAGUGCCAUCAUUGCAUCGUGGCAGUCCCUGUCCUCUCUGAGCGGGCCUUUGCAAGUGGUUCCUGACAUCGACGACCAGAUGAGCAAUGUUGACAGCUCCCAGGAGGCAAAGGUGACAGAGGAAUGUUCGCAGUAUGAGUUUGAGAACUACAUGCGGCAGCAGCUCCUGCUGGCUGAGGAGAAGAGCUCCAUCCACGAGGCCCGGAGCUGGGUACCCAAGCGGCAGUUCGGCAGUGUGCCGCCGGUGCGACGGCUGGGCCACGAUGCGCAGCCCAUGACCUCCUUGGACACAGCCAUCCUGGCACAGCGCUACCUGCGGAAAUAGCACCCCCAGCCAGGGCACCAGCACCACCUCUCCUCAGCCCCACCCACGGCUCAGCCAUCGGGGCUGAGCCCCAUAGUGUUGGACUCUCCCAGGCUGCAUCAGGUACAGGACAGGGGACAAAGACAGCCCAGGUCACAGGUGGGGUCAGCAGAGGUACCACAAAGCUACCUUAUGGGAUGAUUGCUUGAUUGGUUGGUUUUUAAAUCUGAGAAGCCUAGAUAUCUAAUCUGCUUUUAAUCAUGACAUUUUAAUCUACCUCUGUCUCUUUAACCAUGCUGUCUCUGGACUGAGUGCCGAGAGGAGAAGGGAGCCCGCCUGCCUGGCCCUGGCACUGCUCCCCGCAGUCCAAAUAAGCUGAACAUGCAGCUCGCUGCUGGCCCCUAGCCAUGCCACCCCAUCCCAACCCUGCCCUCAGUCCAAGCUUUUGAACACCUUCACCUCAUCUUCUGCCCAAUUGAAAGAUAUUUAUUUUUUUACUGAAACCCACUUCUCUUCCAUCGGUAGGCUCAGCCCACAGUCACUCCCUGCCCCCAGCCUGGCUGGACAGCAGGGCCCACACCUGCACGUGGGCUCCCUCCUCACAUCCCAGGCACCCAGGGGCACUUUCAUCACCCCCUUCCACCCUGUUUCCGGUGAUGGGAGGCCUUUCCAGGCUUGGCUUUUCCCUGUCUCAGUAGCUUCUCUGAGGUGCUGCACCUGCUGCUCCGUCCUUCACGUGGUACCCAGGUGACAUGGAUGUGCAGUGUGCAGGAGCUGUGACCAGCUCUGAAGGAGUGCUAUGGACCCGCUGGGGUCGGGCCGCUUGCCUGCUCUCUUGCUCCCCCCUGUGCUCAGAGACUCCCCUGCUCUGCCUCAUAGUCGACGUGUAUUUUCCCCAGCAGACCCUGGACUGGCGCCUACAUAGGGGUGGAUAUUUGGGGAUGUUUGUAGGGAUGGGGUGCUACCUGCCUGGCUUGAGAACAGCCCUGCUGCCCUUUUUGAGCCGAGAUUUUGAAGUAGAUGCCCGUCUUGCCAGAAAUGCUGUUCUCACCAGAAUGCCCUCCACACUGGACUUGGUCCACCCAGUACCAAGCAAAGACUGUCCCUGGUAGCCUGCGCCCCAUGCACCCUUGGAGAGGCCAGAUGUCCUCUGCAGGCAGCCGUAGGCCCUUCCUUGCCUCCUCUUGCCUCCCCAGCGGGGAGGUGACCAUGUUUCCCAGAGGGUGAGCUGCUCCUCACCCCCCAAAAAACAAAGCUGACUCACUGUGAGUGACCUUGGGCAAGUUCCCAAACCUCCUUGUGCCUCAGUUUCCCCAUCUGGAAAAAAUGGGGCCACCUCUUGCCAGCAGUAGCAGGGCCGCCCAUGCCCCUUCCUCCCCAUGUCCCCUGUCCAGCACUGGGGCUCCUCGUGCCUGUCUCAGUGGGUCUGUGGGAGCCCACCUGAGCCCAGCACACACUCCCUGGGCGCCUGCUCUGCCUCCAGUUCAGCUGUCCAGCUGCUAAGAGCCAGGGUAUGGUGCUGGGGCAGAGCUCUUUUCUAUAUUUAUUUGAUAAGGAAAAGUCUCCUAAGGGAGCAGGAAGGCAGGGGCCCUGGGAUUCUCGACCCAUGGCUGCUCUCUGCUGAGGCUGAGGCCUGUCCAGACCCUCGGGCCUGCUUCCCACGUGUGGUCUUUCUCCUCCUUUUCAAAGCAAUACCCUCAGGUCUGCAAAGCCUCAUCAGACUGCCUGGUUCCUUCCACGGUCAACUCUGGGUCUGAUGGCAUUUCUGGCACAGCAGAUGCGAGGAGAUUGGGUCUGCCCUUACUCGUGUCACACACUGAGAGAAGUCCUAUUGUAAAGAAAAAAAAAGGAAAAAGUCACAAAAAAGUUUGUAUAAAGACGUAUUUUUGUACUACAUGGGGACUCUUCCUGCAUGUCAGCAAUAAAACCUCCUGAUCUGGA